UCCCGUCGCGGGCAGGGGCGCGGGGCGGCGGCGCCCGACGGCAGCGGGGCGCGAUGCCCGCCUGGGGCCGCCGGCGGCGGGGCUGACGGGCGGGCGGGAGCGCUGCCAUGAGUGGGACCCGGGGCCUCGGCUAGGCUGUUCUGCCGCCCCGCAGUAAGCACUCUGCGCCCGGUGUCCCUUGUCCCUUGCAGCACGCUGCCAGCUGGUUCCUCCCUCCUUUCUGAAGCGUAACGGGGGAGGGGGUGGGAAGCAAAGGAAGUUUGGUAUUUAUUUUUUGCUUUGGGAAGGGGGGUCCUUCUCUCCCACCCCCGGUGGAGGGCUGUAGGACAGAGUGCGGUGGCGGAGGAGAGGGGGGCACAGCUGGAAGCGGGCUGUCCGGAGCCGCCCCGACCCCCGCCGCCGCGUACCUGCGGGUGCUGGAUGCCAGCUCUGCGGAGCUCCCCCGAGCCUAGCGGCAGCCUUAGCAGCAGCGGCUCGGCAGAUGCAGAUGCGUGCGUGUGUGUAUGCUUAACCCUUUCUUGGCUCCUCGGAUUUGUACCAUGCUGAAGAUCCUCACCAAAAAGCUCAGGAACCAGAGUUUAAACGAAAUUCAACCUUUCCAGCUAAAGAUCUCCUACCCCCCAAGUGAUGAUGACAGCGAUGACUCUGAGGGAGAGAACCAGGAACUUGCCCAGAUCGACAGAGAGAGAAGACGGAAUUGUACUUUGACCCCUCUGGCCACCAACCAGCUCCAGAAUCAGGAGAACCAAUGCUGCAAGGUUCGGGCCCUCUUCCACGCCAGCCUGGACCGCCACAGCUCAGAAGAGGAGCUGGAGCGCAUCAACCGAGAGUUUGCUGCCGAGAAGCGGAAGUGGUCCCAGGUCAGCAAGCUUGCCUGCUGCAGCGACAGCAACAACACGUCCUCCAGUGAUGACGAAGUGAAGAACUUGUGCGCGAUGUCCUUCCGGCCUGUGGCAGAGCAGGCUGAUGGCCUGCACACUAGCUCAAGCCCCGUGCUGUUCAGUGCCUCCCCUCCCAAAAGACUCCAGCCCCUGGUGCGGAGCCCAGCCUCCAGACCUUUACUCUUCACAAGCGUUGGGGCGGGCUUUGAGCAAGUCAUGCCUUGUAAGAGACAUCGACAAGGAUAUGGGGAUAAGGUCAGCAGGCCCAGCCUUGACCUGGAAAAAAUGCAGCAGAAGAUGCUGCUCAAGAAGAAUUGUGGAGCGAAGACUAGAGUAAUUAAAAUUCGUUGCCCUGGAAAGGCUCUCUAUCCCAUACAUUGGUCCCAGAAGAGGGCCCAGAGAGAAACCCUAGCACACCUUCCCACUCGAAACCUGAGCAUCAACGGAGGCCGCCCACCACCCCACUUUGUGUAUGAUCCAUCCACCUUUGCCUUCCGUUCCCUCAGCACCUUGAAGCCGCUGAGCCCAAUAGCUCCAGUGGAAGAACCGUCAUGUGCCUACUGAAGGAGUUUCUCCAAAAACCUCAGGAACUAUCAACCAACCACCUGCCUGGCAGGGAGAAGGGGAGGCAGCGAUACCCAAGGGCAUGGGUGGGAGAAGAAGGGGACAAUGAUACAUCUUUGCAAUGCAGCCUUUCUGGCAGCAAGAAGCAUACAGCUUUGCAGCAGUGCCCGUUUUCAUACCUUUGUUGUAUCUGAAUAGUGGCAAAGGGAGAGAUUUUUGUCUUUCAGGGCAAAACAAACCAGUCAGGUCCACAAAGUGUGAGGGCAGCCACCAAGGCAAUGUCAAACAUGGGGAUGGUGGUAGUUGAAGAUAGCCCUGAGGGGUCCAGGGGCUAGUAUGGCCUGCAUGGCAGCAGGGAUGAGUGAUCAGUGUGUGAAUCCAAGCCCAGUCAGUUCCCCAAGAGUACCUGGGUCUGCAGUACUUUUCUAUAGACCUGACCCUUCUCCCACUUAGAAGUGAGCUUGGGACUGGAAACAGAGUCUGUACAGGGCUGCCCUGCAAAGCAAGAAGAUCCCUCUCUGAGACUCUUAUAAUUGCAUUCGCUUCAAGUCCUCUUGAGUGGAAGACCCUAGGAGAGGGAGGUGGGAGGGGGUAGCUGGCACAUCUGGCUGCGUGUUCCAUCUGGGCUGCUGGCAACUCAGUGACACCAUCUAAAAUGGGAUUGAGAUGGGAGGCAUGAGCCUCCCACUUGUGGAUUGGAUAUUAGAUUAGAAUUCUAGAAUGAAAGGUCUGUGUUCAGCCAUCAAAGAAAACACAGCAUCAGUCCUCCCAGCAUCACCAGAGGGAAGAACUUGAGGGUGACUGCGUGCUCUUGGGGUCUCCACUCUGCUGAGGCUGUGUUCUGGGGUAUAUAGCGCUUCUCCAUAGCAUUGUUCCAGUACCCUUCUGCCCUAACAUGAUGCUGAAGGUAACCGGUAUCGCCAAACUCAACCAUAUCUAAAGUCUCCAGCCAACUUUCCACUCCCCUGGUAUGCUGGCUUUUAAAUUCAGGUAGGCUCUUCUUGUGUCGGUGGAACAGGUAUUCCCAGAUAUAGCAUGGAGUGGGAAGGAGGUCUCUGUUUCGUGGCCACCUGUUGGUAGAAGAAAAAGGAAGGGAUUUGGGGGGAAGCUGUGGGAUGUUUUUCCGUAGACAGUCCUAAGGCAGUUAGGACCAUGCUAGGCCUUGCUGCCACUGGAGUUUGAGUGGGAUCUGGCCUUGAGGCACGUAUGUGUUUUGUGCCAUAAGGCAACAGCUAAUACAACAAGCUCUCACCUCUCUUGUGAGGCAGAGGAACAAGGCAUUUCCCUUGCUGCACAUGGUGGAGAAAGUAACCUCUUUGUGUAGGCAUUCCCCACCUUGAGCCUGUAUCUGGCUGAGUGCAAGGGGGAGCAAGCGGUUUACUUCUUGUCUGGAUCAAGAGGAGCAACUGUGAGUAAUAUAAAAUAUUUUUUGUUUUUAAAUCUGCUCCUGUGUGGAGGUCUUUGAUGCUACUCUUUGGAUGAGACCAGUGGUCAGUCUGGCUGCCGGUAGGGGACCACACAGUGAGCCAACAUUCAGUUUGCUUUCUGGGCCCUUCACUGAGACCCUUGGGGAAAGCCCAAACAUCUGAAUCCCCCGCCUCUACCCUUCUCUCUCCCUAACUGCCCCUCUCAGGCAGGCAGAGCAGCUGGGCAAGGUGGUGAGGGGACAUCUGUCCUGAUGCUGCCCCAGCUCUGCCUGCUUUUUGGCUCCAGACUGGCACAGCUGGGCCACCCUCUGCACCAGCACCACCUCCAAGGGGUUGCUUGUGUUUGCUGGUGAAGUACUUCUGGCAGAGCAUAGUGGUUCCCUGCAAGAAGUCCCUUUGUCCCACAGAGGCAGAUUCCUCUGCCGAUUCCUUCUGCCCCUGUAGAGACUCUGCUUAUCCUGUUUUGAUGGCACACCUCAGCUUUUUAACUGCUGCCAGAUCAAGAUGACCAGUGCAGGACAGGAAGUGUUGCCCCUUAGACCAAAUCCCUGUGCUCAGAAGGGACAGCUGUAGCCUGGUACCUGUCUGAAGAGGCACGUUCCCCAUGCAGAUGGCUGGGGUGGCAGCACUGUGUGGCCCUGCACCCCCAGGCUUUGCUCACCAAGAGCUGCUGAGGUGCUUGUCCCCAGAGGUGUGUUUCUGCCAGCCCACAAGUGCGGCAGGCUGCCCUCCCCUGGGUGGGAGCAGGCAACAGGGAUGUCGUGCCGAUAUCGUUGCCUUUUAGUACUUUUGUAACUUUUCUCUUGUCUUUUCUUUUUCAAUCAGAAGGAAAAAUAAUAAAAAAACCAAACAAACAAGCAAACAACCCAACAGUGAAAUAAAGUGUAACGGCUGCUAUAUUCA